CGUUCCUGACAGUCAUUUUGGAACAACAUGGCAACCAGGUGGGGAAUCUGCAGCGCGGGGAAGAUCAGUCAUGACUUUACUGUGGCUCUGAAAACUCUUCCUGCAGAAGACCAUCAGGUUGUGGCUGUUGCAGCUCGUAAAUUGGAGGACGCUGAGGAAUUUUCCAGAAAACACAACAUCUCUAAAGCUUACGGCGGCUACGAGGAGUUGGCCAGAGAUCCAGACAUAGAUGUUGUGUAUGUUGGAGUCAUCCACCCGUACCAUCUGGAGGCCUGUAAACUUUUCACAAAUGCUAAAAAGAACGUUCUGUGUGAGAAGCCGUUGGCCAUGAACUCCAAGGAAGUGAAAGAGAUUCUGGACUCUGCCCAAAAGAAUGACGUCUUCCUCAUGGAGGCUGUGUGGACCCGUUUUUUCCCGGUCUCUGUGGAGAUCAGAAAGCUGCUGGCUCAGGAGUACAUAGGGGAGGUGAAGAUGGUCCGUGCGGACUUUGGUGUGCCACUGUUGAACGUACCAAGAUCGGUUCAGAAGGAACUCGGUGGAGGAGCAUUACUAGAUCUUGGUAUCUAUUGCCUUCAAUUCAUAAAUAUGGUGUACAACGGAGAGAAGCCGGAGAGUAUCCAAGCCAGCGGGAUCUGCCUGGAGACAGGAGUGGAUGAGACUGUGGCUGUGAAUCUUAAGUAUUCUGAAAACAGACUGGCAACAUUCACCUGCUCUGCUGGGGUCCAGCUGCAUAAUGAUGCCAUUAUUGGUGGGACAAAAGGCACAAUCCAGGUCCCACCUCCUAUGUGGUGCCCCACAUCACUGGUUGUUAAUGGGAUGGAGACCCAGUAUCCGGUACCUGAACCCUACUUGCCUCUCAACUUUAUCAACAGCACAGGGAUGCGUUACGAAGCAGAGGAGGUCCGUCAAUGUCUGCUCAAGGGGCUGAAGGAGAGUAAAGUCAUGCCCCAUGCUGACUCUCUGCUGCUGGCUGAAAUAGAGGAUGAAAUCCGCCGGCAGGUUGGAGUGGUGUACAGCCAGGACAGCCAGUAAAAGCUUGACUUAUUCAUGCUGUGAUUAAAUACAACCAGUUUACAAUGGAGACUAACUUACUGUUUACUUCAAGAAUAGUUAAUUUCAUGUGAUUUAAUUUAUAAUUUUGUAGGAAAACACUGCUUGACCUCCAACUUUGAUUAACUUCUUAUUAUUUUUUGAAAUAUAAACCACUCAAGAUGACCUCUCAACUACAUGAGAGAGGUUAGGAAGCUGUUAUCUUUUCAUAUUUACAUGUUACACACCAGCUUUGGAUACAGAUGUAUUGAAACUCACUGAGCACCUUCAACAAUGAAAUGAAAUGUAAAAUCUUUGACAAUCUGUGAAAUAAAUAUUCUAGCCAAUUUCUAAAAAAUG